AUGGCCAUACUAAACCAGCAAAGUCAGAUGUCUAUACCCGUGGCUUUGUCUGUCCCUGCUACCUCUGAAGGAAUUGUCAGGCUUUUGGAGCCGGCGACAAAUUCUGAUAUUGCAACAUUCCGCAUUCACCGGAUAUUGUUCUGUGCCCGAGGGCCCAGCGAAACUGCAGAGCGUCAGUGUUUCGCUUUCACCUGUAGUCAUGGUGACAGUGCCGAGAAUGCCAUCUUUCAGUGUCAUGUCUUUCGCUGUGAUAUCCCUGAAGCUGUACCAAAGAUCCUUUACUGUUUUGCCAACACUUUUCGGCGAGUACCAAAACCACAAAGAUUAUCCAAUAGUUCAAUAUCCAGCACAGAACUAGAUUUUACCUUUUCCGUUUCCUUGGACUUUCGUGAAGAUGAUGGGAAGGGAGGAUUUUUUGCUUGUCCCAAAGACAAAGAUGUGUUCAAAUUCAGAAUUAACACAGAGAAGAGACUGAUCAUUUCAGUCCAGCAAGCAGGACCACAUGAAAUAAAAAUAGAAAGAUGUUUUGGCCUGCUGAUAUCGCCAGGCAGAAACGUACAACACAGUGAUAUGCAGUUAAUUGAACUG